CUUUCAUUUAAUAAGGACAGACCGCUAUAACGUUGCAGCUUUGUGAGAGCCUUUAUUUCGCACUUACUGACUGUAGUUUGGGGCCUUUCUUUCAAGAUGAUGUGCGAGGUGAUGCCAACUAUCAGUGAAGCGGAAGGCCCCCCAGGAGGAAGUGGGGACCAUGGGUCCGGCUCGCCUUCGCAGCCAGAAGCAGAUUCACAUUUCGAACAGUUGAUGGUCUCCAUGCUGGAAGAGAGGGACCGUCUUCUCGAUACACUGAGAGAGACUCAAGAAACGCUGGCGUUGACCCAGGGGAAGCUCCAGGAGGUUGGUCAUGAACGGGAUUCCUUGCAGAGGCAGCUCAACACUGCACUUCCACAGGAGUUCGCAGCACUUACUAAGGAGCUCAACGUGUGCAGGGAGCAGCUCCUCGAGAGGGAAGAAGAAAUUGCUGAGCUGAAGGCGGAAAGGAACAACACCAGGCUGCUGUUGGAACACUUAGAGUGCCUUGUCUCCAGGCACGAGCGGUCUCUGAGGAUGACGGUGGUGAAGAGGCAGGCGCAGUCCCCGGCGGGCGUGUCCAGCGAGGUGGAGGUGCUCAAGGCGCUCAAGUCCUUGUUCGAGCACCACAAGGCUCUGGACGAGAAGGUGAGAGAGCGCCUGCGCGUGGCGCUGGAACGCUGCAGCUUGUUGGAGGAAGAGUUGGGCGCCACACACAGAGAGCUAAUGAUUCUUAAAGAACAGAAUAAUCAGAAAAAAACACUGACAGAUGGGGUGCUUGACGUAAACCAUGAACAGGAAAACACGCCAAGCACGAACGGAAAGAGAUCUUCGGACGGCUCCUCCAGCCACGAGGAAGACCUGGCUAAAGUGAUGGAGCUGCAGGAAGUCAUCGACAGGCAGUCCCGCGAGCAGAGCCAGAUGAAGGAGCGGCUGGCGGCCCUCUCCUCCCACGUCGCGGAGCUGGAGGAGGGCCUGGACACCGCCAGGAAGGACCUCAUCAAGUCCGAGGAGAUGAACACCAAGCUGCAGCGAGAUGUUCGGGAAGCCGUGGCCCAGAAGCAGGACACGGAGGAGAGGAUCGCGACUCUGGAGAAGCGCUACCUGGCAGUGCAGCGCGAAGCCACCUCCCUGCACGACCUCAACAACAAGCUCGAGACUGAAGUCGCAAACAAAGACUCUCUGCACCAGCAGACCGAGGACAAGAACCGCCAGCUGCAGGAGCGCCUGGAGCUGGCGGAGCAGAAGCUGCAGCAGACCCUGCGGAAGGCGGAGACGCUCCCAGAGGUGGAGGCCGAGCUGGCCCAGCGGGUGGCUGCGCUCUCCAAGUCUGACCUUUUGUCUUCUGGAAGCUCUGCCGCUAAGGAAGCUAAACUGUGCGAACUCACUGCCCAGCUUAGGAAGGCUGAAGAGAGGCACGGCAACAUUGAGGAGCGACUGUGCCAGAUGGAGGCACGGCUGGAGGAGAAGAACCAGGAGCUGCAGCGGGCACGGCAGAGAGAAAAAAUGAAUGAAGAACAUAAUAAACGUUUAUCAGACACUGUUGACAAGCUUCUUUCAGAAUCGAAUGAGAGACUUCAGCUUCACCUUAAAGAGAGGAUGGCUGCUCUGGAAGAUAAGAAUGCUCUGUUACGAGAAAUUGAGGAUUUAAAAAAGCAGUUAGAAGAAGGUCAACAUGAGAAGGAGCAUCUGCAGCAAAGCGUCGCAACUUUGAAGGCUGACCUGGACCAGAUGAGGCUCAGAGCCACUUCCCUUCACCAUAGCCGACCCCACUUGGGCAGUGUCCCCGACUUCAGGUUCCCCGUGGAGGACGGUCCCACGGACUCCUACAGCAGCAGUGCGGUGCUGCGGCGCCCCCAGAAAGGCCGAGUGGCAGCGCUGCGGGACGAGCCCUCAAAGGUGCAGACUCUCAAUGAGCAGGACUGGGAGCGGGCCCAGCAGGCCAGUGUCCUGGCAAACGUGGCGCAAGCGUUCGAGAGCGACGCCGACCUGUCUGACGGCGAGGACGACAGGGACGCCCUCUUCAGCUCGUCUGCUCUGCUGUCGCCCGGUGGGCAGGCCGACGCCCAGACGCUGGCCAUGAUGCUCCAGGAGCAGCUGGACGCCAUCAACAAAGAGAUCAGGCUGAUACAGGAGGAGAAGGAGAGCGCCGAGCAGCGGGCCGAGGAGAUCGAGAGUCGCGUUGGCAGCGGGAGCCUGGACAACCUUGGUCGUUUUAGAUCAAUGAGCUCCAUUCCCCCGUAUCCUGCAUCCUCGCUCCCGGGCUCCUCCCCUCCAAACAGCGGUCGGUCCACCCCACGACGCGUCCCCCACAGUCCGGCUCGCGAAGUGGACAGACUAGGCAUCAUGACCCUGCCUAGUGACCUAAGGAAGCACCGUAGAAAGUUGCCAGCUUCCCGAGAAGAGGUACGAGACGACAAGACGACCAUCAAAUGUGAAACCUCCCCGCCGCCUUCCCCGAGGUCCCUGCGUGUGGACAGGACGCACAGAGGAGCCCUGCACACGGUCAGCCACGAGGACCUCAGGGACCUCAGGAACUCGACAGGCUCCCAGGAUGGGCCGGUGAGCAACCCCAGCAGCAGCAACAGUAGCCAGGACUCGCUCCACAAAGCCCCCAAGAAGAAGGGCAUCAAGUCCUCCAUCGGCCGCUUAUUUGGCAAGAAGGAGAAGAUGCGCCCAGGGCACAUCGGCAAGGAGGCGCCGGGACCAGCUGGCGCCUCAGAGGCAGAGAGCCCGUCCCCAGAGGCCCCGGGGCUCAGCAAGCUGGGAGGACAGGCCGAGAAGAAUCGCAGGCUUCAGAAGAAGCACGAGGUGCUCGAGGAAGCCCGGAGACAAGGCUUACCCUUUGCACAAUGGGACGGGCCAACCGUCGUCGUCUGGCUGGAGCUCUGGGUGGGGAUGCCGGCCUGGUACGUGGCCGCGUGCCGAGCCAAUGUGAAGAGCGGGGCCAUCAUGUCAGCCCUGUCGGACACGGAGAUCCAGCGGGAGAUCGGCAUCAGCAACCCUCUGCACCGGCUGAAGCUGCGGCUGGCCAUCCAGGAGAUCAUGUCCCUGACCAGCCCGUCGGCCCCGCCCACGUCCAGGACGAGCACGGGAAAUGUCUGGUUAACGCACGAAGAGAUGGAGACACUCACAGCCACGCCACAAACGGAGGAUGAGGAGGGCAGCUGGGCUCAGACGCUGGCCUACGGGGACAUGAACCACGAGUGGAUUGGCAACGAGUGGCUGCCCAGCCUGGGGCUGCCCCAGUACCGCAGCUACUUCAUGGAGUGCCUGGUGGACGCGCGCAUGCUGGACCACCUCACCAAGAAGGACCUGCGGGGGCAGCUGAAGAUGGUGGACAGCUUCCACCGAAACAGUUUCCAGUGCGGAAUUAUGUGCCUGCGAAGGUUAAAUUAUGACCGAAAAGAACUGGAAAGAAAAAGAGAAGAAAGCCAGAAUGAAGUGAAAGACGUGCUUGUCUGGAGCAAUGAUCGAGUGAUUCGCUGGAUCCUGUCCAUCGGCCUGAAGGAGUACGCAGACAACCUCCUGGAGAGCGGGGUGCACGGCGCGCUCAUGGCCUUGGACGAGACCUUCGACUUCAACGUGCUGGCCCUGCUCUUACAGAUCCCCACGCAGAACACCCAGGCCCGGUCCGUGUUGGAGAGAGAGUUUAACCACCUCUUAGUCAUGGGGACUGACCGACGCUUCAAUGAGGACGACGACAAGAGCUUCAGGAGGGCACCUUCCUGGAGAAAAAAGUUCAGACCCAAAGAUGUUCGCGGCCUUGCUGCCGGGUCGGCAGAGACUCUCCCCGCAAACUUCCGGGUCACCUCCUCCCUGUCCUCACCCUCAGUGCCGCCCAAGAAGAUGCAGCUGGACGGCAGCCUGCCGGGCUCGCAGAGGCUGGACUCCGCCACCGUCCGCACCUACUCCUGCUGAAGCCGUUUACCCACAUUACUUGUACAGGUGACGGCGGCGCCUGGACCCCGCGAGGACGGCGUUUCAGCAUCCGGUGGGCUCUGCAGCCUGUCGGAACUUGUUAUAUGGACCCUGAGAUAUUUUAUUACAGAGUUUUUAAUCAGCGAGAAGAUUUAUGAAUACCAUAAAGAGAAUAUUUUAGAAUUUAAUGUUUCUUAUAUUUAUGUGAACUUAUGCCUUCGUUUAUAUAGUUACUUUUUCAUGUAUGGCCCGGCUGAGUACCCUCCAAUCAGCUCCCGUGCUCCUUCUCCUGGUCUUCGAGGAAGGCACGUCACGCUCGCGUGCACAAGUCCCGCGGGCACGUGGGCUUCUGUAAAUUAUGCAUUAAUUGUAAUGAUCGUUUCAUUUCCAAUCACACACCACCCGCGGAGAGGAUCCCCUGUGCUGGGGAAGCCGCCCUCCCGAGCCUGGCCUGCCGCCGGGCCGGCGUCCGGAGCGAGCAGCCUGUUUCCAGCGUCGCUGCUGUGCUUCAGUGCCUGACCCCGCUGCACUGUUCUGCGAGAAGCGCUGUCCUGCAGCGUGAGCAUGUCCGGUGGGACGCCAGCUUCUCGUGAAGUUCGGACGGUGAGGAUGAGCAGGACACUAUGGACCGCGGCCCGCUCACCCCUUCAGAGCCCGCCUCUGCAGACGCAGAGCUCGCCUCGGGGACGGGCGGGAGCCGGAGCGGCGGACACUUCUCAGCUGGACAGGAAGAGACGGUGGGGGAGCUGUGGCCUCCGGCUCUCCCCCAGGGGUGGGAAGGCGCUGGCACCCCCACCCGUGAGGACCAAUCGGAGGCCACAGCUCGCUGCAGGGACCUCGCUGCACAGAGGACGUGCGGGCUCCCGAGGAGGAUGCCACACUACUAAUAAAGGCCUUAUUUUUCUUACCUGACCAUCUUUUCACAUUUGUCUGUAGACGUGUUUAAAGAAUGGACCCAGUCAUACGUUUGUAGAUUUUACGACACAGCCAUCUGGACGGUCGGCGCGGCCAGGGGCACGCCUCCCCUUUCCGUGGCGUGUGACACCGCAGCCAGCGGGACUGCGUGGGGUCACGUGCGGUAUUUAUUAUGCGGCCGCUGCGGGACAGACAGGCAGGCGGGGACAGCGUGUCUGCAUUUGCUUCUGCUCCCGCGUGGCUUGUGCGAUUCACCAUCACUGCUGUUUUCUAUCACUCUGUGAACUUCCUGGUAUGUGACAAAGGAUGUACAGUCCACUUUGGAGCUCUUUUUAUCACAGUGUUAUUUAUUGCUUUCUUUCAAUAAAGUG